CCCUAAUAAUUCUCAAUUAUUCAAUUUCAUCCUAAGCAGAAGCCAAACCGUGGGGUGCUAAGAAACUCCUGGUUCUCCUUUAUCCCUAACCAUAAUAAAGUCCAAAGCCAAUAGCAGAGAAGAGAAACAGGGCCACACGCAUAACAAAGAGAUAAAAGAAAAUGGCAGUCGAGAGUAUAGCACUGAGAAUUACGCCCUCCUCUCCUGCAGUGUGCAAUCUCAAUGGCUUUCGAAGGAGGCCUAUCCUCUCCUCUUCUCCAACUCGCUUUCUGGGUGUCCCUCCUCGAUCUUCUUCUUCCUCAAUUUCAUCUUCUCUAUCUCAUUGCCUUGGAAACGUGGGUAUUGGCUCAAGGCUCGCCAUUCCUCGUCACGAACAACACGGCAAGAGAAGAAACUUCUCUGUUUUUGCUAUGGCUGAUGAGGCAAAGCGUGCAGUUCCAUUAAAUGAUUAUCGCAAUAUUGGAAUUAUGGCUCACAUAGAUGCGGGAAAGACUACUACAACUGAACGAAUUUUGUACUACACAGGAAGAAACUAUAAGAUUGGUGAGGUGCAUGAGGGAACGGCCACAAUGGACUGGAUGGAGCAGGAACAAGAAAGAGGGAUUACCAUAACAUCUGCUGCAACUACAACUUUUUGGAACAAACAUAGGAUUAAUAUUAUCGAUACCCCAGGCCAUGUUGAUUUCACCCUUGAAGUGGAGCGUGCGCUAAGGGUUUUGGAUGGAGCGAUAUGCUUGUUUGACAGUGUUGCUGGUGUAGAACCACAAUCUGAAACAGUGUGGAGGCAAGCUGAUAAAUAUGGAGUACCCAGAAUUUGCUUUGUUAAUAAGAUGGACCGUCUAGGAGCAAAUUUCUUCCGCACCAGAGACAUGAUAGUUACAAACUUGGGAGCUAAACCACUGGUGAUUCAAUUACCAAUUGGUUCAGAAGAUAAUUUUCAAGGAGUGGUUGAUCUUGUGAAGAUGAAAGCAGUGAUUUGGUCAGGGGAAGAGCUGGGUGCAAAGUUUGUAUAUCAGGAAAUUCCAGCUGAUCUUCAAGAAUUAGCUCAAGAAUAUCACUCACAGAUGAUAGAAACCAUUGUUGAAUUAGAUGAUAAAGCUAUGGAGAACUAUCUGGAAGGAAUUGAGCCUGAUGAGGAAACAAUUAAAAAAUUAAUUAGGAAGGGUACCAUUGCAGGCAAUUUUGUGCCAGUGUUAUGCGGGUCAGCAUUCAAAAACAAGGGGGUUCAGCCAUUACUUGAUGCUGUUGUGGACUAUUUGCCUUCGCCCCUGGAUUUGCCAGCAAUGAAGGGAAGUGAUCCUGACAACCCCGAAGCAAUAAUUGAAAGGGCAGCUAGCGAUGAUGAACCGUUUGCUGGACUUGCUUUCAAGAUCAUGAGUGAUCCAUUUGUGGGUUCCCUUACAUUUGUGAGAAUUUAUGCUGGGAAGCUUCUUGCAGGUUCUUACGUGCUGAAUUCAAACAAAGGAAAGAAAGAGAGAAUUGGUAGACUUCUGGAAAUGCAUGCCAACAGUAGAGAGGAUAUUAAGGUGGCUUUAGCAGGCGAUAUUGUUGCUCUUGCUGGUCUGAAAGAUACCAUUACAGGUGAGACUCUCUGUGACCCUGACCAACCCGUAAUGCUUGAACGGAUGGACUUCCCUGAUCCUGUAAUUAAGGUUGCAAUUGAACCCAAGACCAAAGCCGAUGUCGAUAAGAUGGGAACUGGGUUGAUCAAGCUUGCUCAAGAAGAUCCUUCUUUCCACUUCUCCCGGGAUGAAGAGACCAAUCAGACAGUGAUUGAAGGAAUGGGAGAAUUGCAUCUUGAGAUUAUUGUUGAUCGUCUUAAGAGGGAAUUCAAGGUAGAAGCUGAUGUUGGUGCACCACAAGUAAACUACCGUGAAAGCAUUUCUAAAGUCUCUGAAGUGAAGUAUGUUCACAAGAAACAGUCCGGUGGACAAGGACAGUUUGCUGAUAUCACUGUACGCUUUGAGCCCAUGGAGGCAGGUAGUGGGUAUGAAUUCAAGAGUGAGAUCAAGGGAGGUGCAGUGCCUAAGGAAUACAUUCCUGGAGUGAUGAAAGGACUGGAGGAGUGCAUGAGCAAUGGUGUUCUUGCUGGUUUUCCUGUUGUGGACGUGCGUGCUGUUCUUGUAGAUGGUUCUUACCAUGAUGUCGAUUCUAGUGUCUUGGCUUUUCAGCUGGCAGCUAGGGGAGCUUUUCGUGAUGGGAUAAGAAAAGCUGGUCCUAAAAUGCUGGAACCUAUCAUGAAAGUUGAAGUAGUCACACCUGAAGAACACUUAGGAGAUGUAAUUGGUGAUCUCAACUCAAGGAGAGGCCAAAUUAACAGCUUUGGUGACAAACCUGGGGGGCUAAAGGUAGUUGAUGCCCUUGUUCCGCUGGCUGAGAUGUUUCAGUAUGUUAGCACUCUCCGUGGAAUGACAAAGGGCCGUGCAUCCUACACCAUGCAACUAGCCAAGUUUGAUAUCGUCCCUCAACACAUCCAGAACCAACUUGCCUCCAAAGAGGAAGAAGUUGCAGCCUGAUUUUGUUUCCCAGGAUCCAAGAAGGGGAACCUGGAAUCCCUCAUUUUUUUUUUUAUUCCUUUUUCCUCCUUGCAAAUGAAAUUGUUCUGUUUUGGACACAAGCUCUUGAAUGCACUCAUGUUGGGAAAUAGCUGAGACAGGAUAAGUUCUGUACCGAUGUAAAGAAAUUAUUAAUAUUUGCAAAUUGGCAAUGCUAUGGUAUUGUUA